AUGAUGCUCCUGCCCUUUCUGCUAUUCUGCUUGUAUUGUCUCCUAGGUUCUGCCACAGUUAUUGAUGAUGACUGUAAUGACCAAAAUGUUUUCAAUGCAGUAGAUGAGGCUCUGAGGUCCUACAAUAAUGUGAAAGAAGACGGGAAUCUGUUUAUUCUUUACAGAAUCACAGAAGCCAAAAUAAAGAAUGAAGAUGGUCAAGCUAAUCAUUUUGUUGAGUAUGAGGCACAUGAGAGUUCCUGUAAAGUGAAGAGUGGCAAAUCAUGGCAGGAAUGUUCAUCAGCUAAUGCACAUCAAGUCAAGUGUUCUGCACAUAUAUUCUUCAAUCAACAUCUAAAGCUCGGAAUUGUAGAGUCUCAAAAUUGCACCAGUCCUGAAGUGUGGCCCACUGAGACAGCUGUUCAUCACCAAUGCCUUGGCUGUCCACAGCUCAUAGAUAACGAAAAUAAGGAAUUGCUGUGCUUUGUGCAUUCAACUAUUGAGCAAUUGAACAACGAUGCAAAUCAUCCAUUCUACUUUGAUUUGGACUCUAUCGUGAAUGCCACACGCAAGGUGGUGUUUGGGUGGACGUAUAACAUAAAUUUUCUUAUAAGACAAACAAACUGCUCAAAACUUAAUUUUACAAGCAAAAAUUCUAACGAAUGCAAAAUAGACAAUGAAGAAAAAUCCAUUGAAUGCAGUGCUGAGGUUAAUGUGAGUCCAGAUGACAAAGUAAAUUAUCAAUUUUUGCAGUGCAUAUCAGAAACUGGAGUCUGUAUUAAUUGCCCAGUAGUGAUAAAUCCUGAGGACCCUGAGAUACGGGCAUUAUUAGUACAAGUCAUGGAUGAAUUCAAUAUCAACAGCAACCACUCUAAACUUUAUAAUGUUGCCUUUAUUAACACAGCUACAAAAAAGGGUUUUCACAGGCAGUUAUAUGAGGUGACUUUUACAAUAGGACUUACCAACUGUUCCAAGUCUGACUACUCCAUUUUGGGAGAUGAAUGUGACGUCAUCGAAGAAACUGAUCGUUUUACUUGUACAACUAAAAUAAACAUUACAGAUAAAAGAGUCAAUGUUCAUUCUGCACCUUACUGCAGGAAAGAAUUGAGUGUGGCAUUGCUUCGCAUAAGUGGCCUGUCUCCUCUUCGUGUUAGUCGCAAUAUUAACCACGAGCAUGAUGAUGGAAACCAUAUGUUAAGACUCCUCAAGCCUGUAAAGAAAAUAGAGCAAGAAAAAGAAAGCCAACCCUUACAUGUUAAAAAACACAAACAUGGGAAAAAAGACAAAGAAGAAAAAAAUAAACACAAGUACAAGCAUCAAGAGUCUUCAGAAGAAGAAGAAGAAGACAACAAUGAUGCAGUCCCUCAAGAUCCUCUGCAAGCACCUAAAGUGUCCAACAGUCAGGACAGAUUUCCAAAUACUGAAAAAGAAUCUGUACUAGACCUUCCACAACCUCCCACUGAUGUUGUCCCAAGAUGUCCUGGAAGAGUGUGGCAACCAAAAAUCCUGAUAGCUACCAUUCCUACAUUUGGCAUUGAUGAUCUUGCACUUGCUCUUGAUGACUUAUCACCUUCAUCAGAUCAAGAUAAAGAAGUUAAGGAGCCUCUCACCAUAAAGCAAACUUUAGAUUUUAAUGAUGAAGACCUUUUAGGAUAAAUCAAAAGAUAAGUAACAUUCUGAAAGCGUAAAUGUUACCUGUAUUAAUGCCGCCAUAUUUUGCAAGUAUGUUCCCAAAAUAAAAUUCCACAUAUCAGACUCAUCACUUGUUUA